AUGCGUCAGCACAAGUCUGGGGACGCCGAUCCAGCAACAGCCAACAACCAGCACAACCUCAACCAAGAGCAACCAACCCACCUCCCACACCACCACCUGCACUUGCCGCACCACCCCCCCGCCUCCCCGUCUUACGCACCCUCCACCGACCUCUUCGCAGCUGCAGCCUCCCCCGGUUGGGCAGGUGCAACCUCCCCCAGAUGGCACCUGGCCUAUCUCGCCCUCGCUGUUGCAUGCCCGCUGGUUGCCAGUGCUGUUGCGCUUCGGCUGUACCGCCGCCGUGCCGCAGCAGGAGGUUCGGGGAGCUUGGGCUUGGCUCGGCUGGCGUCGGCUUUGGGAAAACCGUAG